AAUACUCUUUACAAAACGUCAAAUUUUCACUUCAACUGAGCAUAUUAUGAAAUAUUUUCAAAAAAAAAACUGGAAAUGGUACUUACUAAUUGUAUUCAUCAUCCUUUUUGUCCACAUAUUUGGCGGCUUUGUUCGUCUUAUGGAGAAGGAUUUCGACAAGGAAUUUAAAUUCUCUCUCGAUGUUAAACUGAAAUACCUUGUCGAUCGUAUGAUGGAGGGGAAACAUUUAAAACCAUUUCAUACAUUUCUUUACAAUAUCGAGAGUGACGUCAACUAUGCUUGUGAAACCACCAAAAAACUGUUGUUUAUUGUCAAAUCUUCACCAAAAAAUUAUCGUAAGAGGAAUAUCAUAAGAAAAACUUGGGGAUCUAGUAUACAUUAUAAAGAAGUGAAGACGAUUUUUUUAAUGGGAACGACAAUCUCAAAAUAUGUCAAUAUGAUGUUGAUAAGAGAAAAUGAAAUAAUGAAAGAUUUAGUGAUAGGCAGUUUCAUAGAUUCAUACUAUAAUUUGACGCUCAAAACAAUUAUGGGUUUGAAAUGGGCUUCCAAUGUAUGUUCCAGUAAUGUUGAGUUUUUCAUGUUUGUUGAUGACGACACUUUUGUUUCAACCAACAACAUAUUGAAGUUUUUGAAGAAUCCGUAUGCUUAUCCAGGAACAGAAGAGAACGUUAAGAAAAUAACAAAUUUCAAUGCGGACCAGUUUUGUUUGUACAGUGGAUACAUAUACAAAAAAGAAAGACCAAUUCGUAAAAUCUUCUGUAAAUGGUUCAUUUCUCUCAAGGAUUAUCCUUAUGACCAGUGGCCUCCUUUUUCUGCCGGUGGAGCUUAUAUUUUGAGCAGAAAAUCUUUGCGCAUGAUGUAUUACGCCAGCUUGUUCACGAAACCCAUUCAAUUGGAAGAUAUUUACAUAGGUUUAUUAGCUUACAGGUUAGGUAUAGAACCAAUAAGCAAUAAUGAAAAUUUCAAGGUGGAAGCAAAAUAUGACUUUGAAGAGUUUAGAUCUAUACUUGCUGCUCAUGGGAUUCGUAAGCCAAAAGAAUUGUGGAUGAUUUGGAAAGAACAGACCUUAGCUGACAAAAUAAAUUAGUUUUGUUUA